UCUCCCCGUGAUGGAUGCUUGAAAGGUUGAGAUCCCGUUGAGCUCGCAAAGUAAAUGCAACCACUGUUGAAUAGGCCGCCGUGAACGACUUGACGGCGAGAGGUCCUCCCAUGUGAUGUGACUGAGAGGCCUGACGGACCGUGCCUGUCUGCUAUGGCUCCUCCUGCUACAGUAGAACGGGGCUAGACGUAACACCAGUGCAGAGGGACGGGAAUAACACACGGCGAUACGCUUUUUUUCCCUCUUCUCCUCCAGGUGCCACGGAUAAAGAUGGCAGAUCGUGCAAUGCUGAAGCAAAAUACAUAGAUGACGUGCUUAGAGUCGCCUCUUCUGCUGUGAAGGCUUCGACGUUUCUUUAGGAUUAACAACACCGCAAAUGAACUCCGUCAGAGCAAGUAACGUUAGCAGAAGACCCAGGCGAGUCUCGAGGCCGCGCCCGGUACAGCCGGAGAGGAACCAACAGGAAAGAGAUGAGGACGUUCCUGCAGAUAUGGUCGCAGAAGAAUCCGGUCCAGGAGCUCAGAACAGUCCCUACCAACUUAGAAGAAAGUCUCUACCCAAGAGAACAGUGUGUCCGACAAAGACUAACAUGGAGGGUGCUUCCACUUCAACCACAGAAAACUUUGGACACCGACCUAAGCGCCCAAGAGUUUCUGGAAAGUGUCAAGACGUACCAGCAGCUCCUGCAGAGCAGUAUUUGCAGGAGAAGCUUCCAGACGAGGUGGUGCUAAAGAUCUUCUCGUACCUGUUGGAGCAGGACUUGUGCCGUGCAGCAUGUGUGUGCAAGCGCUUCAGUGAGCUGGCCAAUGACCCCAUCCUCUGGAAGAGGCUGUACAUGGAAGUGUUUGAAUACACCCGCCCCAUGAUGCACCCUGAGGCAGGGAAGUUCUACCAGAUAAACCCAGAAGAGUAUGAGCAGCCAAACCCGUGGAAGGAAAGUUUUCAGCAGCUGUAUAAAGGAGCACAUGUGAAACCGGGCUUUGCAGAACACUUCUACAGUAAUCCUGCCAGAUACAAAGGGAGAGACAACAUGUUUUACUAUGACACCAUUGAAGAUGCGCUGGGAGGCGGUCAGGAGCCUCACUUUGAUGGCCUGAUAUUCGUCCACUCUGGUAUUUACACAGACGAGUGGAUCUACAUCGAGUCGCCUAUCACAAUGAUCGGAGCCGCUCCUGGUAAAGUAGCAGAGAAAGUCAUCAUUGAGAAUACCAGAGACUCUACAUUUGUUUUUAUGGAAGGCUCAGAAGAUGCUUAUGUUGGAUACAUGACCAUCAGGUUCAACCCUGAUGAUAAAUCCGCCCAGCACCACAAUGCACACCACUGCUUGGAGAUUACAGUCAACUGCAGUCCCAUCAUCGACCACUGCAUCAUACGCAGCACAUGCACGGUGGGGUCAGCUGUCUGUGUCAGCGGCCAGGGUGCCUGUCCCACGAUCAAGCACUGCAACAUUAGUGACUGUGAAAAUGUUGGUCUUUACAUCACUGACCACGCACAGGGAAUAUACGAAGACAAUGAGAUCUCAAACAACGCUCUGGCCGGGAUCUGGGUUAAAAACCAUGGCAACCCAAUCAUCAGACGGAAUCACAUCCACCAUGGCAGGGACGUCGGCGUUUUUACAUUCGACCAUGGCAUGGGUUACUUUGAGAGCUGUAACAUCCAUAGGAACCGUAUAGCCGGCUUUGAGGUGAAGGCGUACGCCAAUCCAACAGUGGUUCGUUGUGAGAUCCACCAUGGUCAGACGGGGGGCAUCUACGUGCACGAAAAGGGCCGCGGCCAGUUCAUCGAAAACAAGAUCUAUGCAAAUAACUUUGCUGGGGUGUGGAUCACCUCUAACAGUGACCCCACGAUAAGGGGCAAUGCCAUUUUUAAUGGCAACCAAGGUGGCGUUUAUAUUUUCGGUGAUGGCCGAGGCCUCAUUGAAGGAAAUGACAUCUACGGUAACGCCCUGGCAGGAAUCCAGAUCAGGACGAACAGCUGCCCUAUUGUCCGACACAACAAGAUCCACGAUGGCCAGCAUGGCGGCAUAUAUGUGCAUGAAAAAGGACAAGGCGUCAUAGAGGAGAACGAGGUGUACAGCAACACGCUGGCAGGAGUGUGGGUGACAACGGGCAGUACGCCAGUACUGAGGAGGAACCGGAUACACAGCGGGAAGCAGGUCGGGGUCUACUUCUAUGACAAUGGCCAUGGCGUGCUGGAAGACAAUGAUAUCUACAAUCACAUGUACUCUGGAGUUCAAAUUAGGACUGGCAGCAAUCCCAAGAUCAGGCGGAACAAGAUCUGGGGAGGCCAGAAUGGAGGCAUUUUGGUUUACAACUCAGGCUUAGGCUUCAUUGAGGACAAUGAGAUCUUUGACAAUGCGAUGGCAGGAGUGUGGAUCAAGACGGACAGCAACCCCACUCUACGGAGGAACAAGAUCCAUGAUGGGCGUGACGGUGGGAUUUGUAUAUUCAACGGAGGACGAGGCUUGUUAGAGGAAAACGACAUCUUCAGAAACGCCCAAGCAGGAGUCCUAAUUAGCACCAACAGCCACCCCGUACUGCGAAAAAACAGGAUAUUUGACGGCUUCGCAGCAGGUAUUGAGAUCACCAAUCACGCCACAGCGACCCUAGAAGGCAAUCAGAUCUUCAACAACCGCUUUGGCGGAUUGUUUCUUGCAUCUGGUGUCAAUGUUACAAUGAAAGAUAAUAAAAUAAUGAACAAUCAGGAUGCCAUUGAGAAGGCUGUGAGCAGAGGUCAGUGCCUGUACAAGAUUUCAAGUUACACCAGCUACCCAAUGCACGAUUUUUACAGGUGUCACACCUGUAACACAACAGACCGCAACGCCAUCUGUGUGAACUGCAUCAAGAAGUGUCACCAAGGACACGACGUGGAGUUCAUCAGACACGAUAGAUUCUUCUGUGACUGUGGUGCGGGAACGCUGUCAAAUCCCUGCACAUUAGCUGGAGAGCCAACUCACGACACGGACACACUGUAUGACUCAGCUCCUCCUAUAGAGUCCAAUACACUGCAGCACAACUGAGCUCCAGACCCGAGCUCCUCCUGCGCUUCAAUGGACAUAAGACACUUUAAGUUGUGCAGUGGAGGAGGUGGAGGAAAUCCAAACUAAAUUACAGAGCAUAUUAAGACUUAAAAAAAAAAAAAAAAAAGAAAAGACUUGGACAUGAAUAUGCUAUACGGAGACAUUUAAGAAAAAAAGUCUUGAUUAUGGAUGCCUCGCUUUUUCUUCAAUUAUUUGACAAAAAAAAAAAAAAAAAAAGAGAGAUGACAUUGAUGGGAGAGAGCAGAAGAGCAGCUGACUCAGGGUUUGUGGGUGUGUGUUGGUUUGGAAAAGCAAGUGAAGCUGGUGAGAGACGGACAAAAAGGCUCACCUGCUCUCAAGAAGCAGAAGAACAAAAUACUGCAGUCAUGUACAGAACCAUCGUGGAAAGACGCUCCGUCAGAACAGGCACAACUUUUUCUCACGAGGAGGCAGAAGGCCCCAAAUACGAUGCUUCCUUCACUGGGCGACCGACGUGCUCGUACGAUAUGUACGGGGAA